UGUAAAACAUUACAUUUUUAUAUCCAGUUGAAUGAACAUGGUGAUUAUUUAUCAAAAGAUAAUGAUAAAAGAUAAAAAUUUGAAAUGAACCAAUGUUAGAAUCAGUUAAUUAUUAUUGUUCCUUAAAGUAGUAUGUCGAGACAAAUAGAAGCUUUAGUUACUAAUUUAAAACUUCCUGAAGCUCCCUUUUGGGACGAGGAAACUCAAAGUUUAUAUUUUGUCGAUACUAAUGAUAGAGCAAUACAUAGAUAUAGUCCACAUGAUAAAUUUCACGUUCGUGCAUUAUUAGGAUUAACUCAUUCUACAUUUGCAAUUCCAAUUGAAAAUAAUAAUAAUAAAUACGUAAUAUCACACGGUAAUAAAUUAUCGAUAUUAACAUGGGAUGGUAAAAGUGAAAGAGGUCAAAAUAUACAAGUUUUAUCUUCCCUGGAUGAAGUUCCAAAUGGUAAUUAUAUUUGGUGCGAUGGAAAAGUGGACCCAACGGGAAAACUAUGGGCUGGGGCUAUGAUUAUUAAGACGAUGGGUGGAUUUGAGGAAAAAACCGGGACGUUGUAUAAUUUAGAACUUAACAAACAAAUAAAGAGGCAUUUUAAUUCACUAACAAUUCCGAAUGGUUUGGCAUGGAAUUCUGUGACAAAUAAAUUUUAUUUUAUUGAUAGUCCAACACGAAGAAUUGAACAAUUUGAUUACGAUCCAGAAGCAAGCGUUAUAACAAAUCGAAUUAGAUUAUUUACUUUCGAUGACCAUAACAUUCCAGGAGCUCCAGAUGGAAUGACCAUUGACAAAGAUGGAAAUUUAUGGGUAACUUGUUUUGGUGGCGGGAUGAUUAUUAAAAUUGAUCCGAGCAAAAAAGAAUGUCUUUUAGAAAAAAUUACACUUCCAGCACAACAAGUAUCUUCUUUAGUGUUUGGUGGUAAAAAUUUAGAUGAAUUAUAUGUAACGACGGCAAAAGUUCAAUUUGGGCCAGAACCAGCUCCUGACGGUCCCGAAAAUGGCGUACUUUACAAAAUAACGGGAUUAGGAUGUAGCGGGUUUCCAGGAGUCCGGAUUAAAAUAUAAUCCUAGAUUUUAUUAGUAAAAAAAUAAUAAUUUAAAAAAUUUAAUAAAAUCUUAUCAGAUAUCUCGAUAUGAAGGACAAAAAAUGAUUAAAACACUUAAAUUUAAAGGAGUGA